AUAAAUUCGGGCAUUUCGUUUAUUUCCAUUAUUUAUUUAUUAGUCGCAGAAGUAAUUUUUAUAAUAGACUUGUUACUAAAUUAAAGUAGCUUCAAAACAACAACAACAAUAUGUCGAACUAUCAAGAAAUUGUGAACUUGAAUGUCGGUGGUACAAGAUUCUCGACAUCAUGGCACACACUGACUUGGGUACCGGAUACAUUCUUCACAGCGCUGCUGAGUGGGCGAAUACCAACCGUAAGAGAUGAGAAUGGCGCCAUAUUCAUUGAUCGGGAUCCACAGCUAUUUGGCCUAAUUCUAAAUUUCCUGAGGACUAGAGAUAUUGAUCUUGAAAAUGUGAACAUAAGAGCUCUCAGGCACGAAUGUGACUAUUUUGGUAUCACUCCUCUGAGCAGGAGACUGGCCUUGUGCGAUGAAAUGAAUCAUUCUUCCUGUGGUGAUGUACUUUUCUAUGGGUAUCUACCACCUCCAUUAAGCACAGCUCCACCUAGUAACAGUAAUGGAAGAAGCAAUGGUUGUUCCCGGAAAAACUCUACGGCUUCCAGCUCAGAUGUGUCGGCAAACAGAACUCACUCCAGGAACUCCUCACUGGAUCUACGCACAGUUGGCAGGAUACCCUCACAAGAUCAGAUCAGCCGCUGUGGUAGAGGACAUUCUAGGGCAGCUUCUCUUGGUAACGCAGAUUGUCACAAAGGACUUCGUCCUCCAGAGGUAAAUACCUGGUCAGACAGCAUGAAGGUUCAAAUAAUAAAAGCACAUCACAAUUGGAUAGCAGUCGCUUAUUCACAUUUUGUGACCGGAUACAGAUUAACAGACUCUUGUGGUUGGUAUGUGGUAUUCCAAUCUCCUGUACAAGAGUCGUUGAUAGAGAGAAUAGCGUUGAACGCUAAAACGGGUGGUGGUGGGGCGAAUAACAGUGGAAAUAAUGCUUCGGGCACUGAUGUUAUGCUGGGCAUAGCUAGUGGGUCUCUUGUCCGAUUAUGGGCAUUUUCUACACAUGGGGAGCCUGUUAGAAGAACUUUAAUAGGAACAUUCAACCUAGGCGUGAGGGUGGAACAUCUUUUAUUCGUGGGUCCGCAACUAGUGGCUUUAAGCGGUGCCGGCAGUCGCAGCAAAGCCGGCGUCUGGCACACCAGUACGCAGCACUGGCAGACGCAGGACGUGGCACAUCUCACCACGUACGAUACGGCCGGCUCAUUCUUACUGCUCGGCACUGCCACCGGGGCUAUUAACUAUAUUGAUAUGCAAAAGUUCCCACUGCGUAUGAAAGACAAUGAUCUCCUAGUAACACAACUUUAUAAGGACCCCAAUCAGGAACCCAUCACUGCAAUAUCAGUGUAUCUCACACCAAAAACGAAUCUCUGCGGGAACUGGAUCGAGAUCGCAUACGGCACGCGCUACGGCUCCGUGCGGGUUAUAGUGCAGCACCCCGAGACCGUGGGCCACGGGCCGCAGCUGUUCCAGACCUUCACGGUGCACCAGAGCCCCAUCACCAAGGUAUCCCUAUCCGAGAACUACCUAAUAUCAGUGUGCAGCGAGUACAACCACGUGCGGUCGUGGCGCGUGACGCGCUUCCGCGGCAUGAUCUCCACGCAGCCCGGGACCACGCCCAAGGCUGCCUUCAAGGUGCUGGCGUUGGAAGCGCCUACCGCCCAGCCGCAUAAUGACUGUGGACCAUUCGGUGAACAAGAUGAGGAGCAAAUAUUUAUACAGAAAGUUGUACCUGAUACUGACACGUUAUACGUGCGAUUGGCAUCUAAUGGAAAGAGGGUGUGCACAAUAAGAUCAGUGGAUGGCUCAGCGGUGUCUUGCUUCGUGGUGGCCGAGUGCGAAGGCGCCCUGCGACCAAGGAGGCUGUUGCUAUGCGGCCAUAGAUCAGGCGCGGCGCAGAUGUGGGACCUCACCGCGCCCAUAGACAAGGCAGCUAAGCCAGUGCAGCCUGUGGCUGGAAAUGGAGGCAGCGGAGGUGAAGGCGAGGAAUCUCCAGUACCAGACGGCGGACCCACACCAGACGAGUUAGUGCGACUUUUAUCCGCCUGCGACUUAGACGCGUCGCCCGCGCCGCCGGUACCACAGUCGCCAAAUCGGCCUAUACAAGCACCAUGAAGCUCGACGCUGUGCCACCCGAUACUCAGGCUCUUCUCUGCUCUGCUACACACGUGACGUCACGCGGCGAUUGACCGUGCGACCAGUGACGCGAUGACGCAUGACCACCGGGUUACUCCGAAAAACUUUAUCCGAAGUUUCAAAUGUUGCCAUCCCUCUCACGCAAAGCGCGAUGCCAGCGAAAGCGACGGUGACAGACCUGUAACUACGUAAACAGCGUUUCGGAGUAGCACUGCUGGUGUGCCAAUUAUCUGCUACUUAGUCGUGCAACGGCCACAUGAAAGUUCUAAAACUAAAACUCGCCACACGCGUGUCUUGCGACUAGUUGUAAGAUUAGUCGCGCAACUGGUACGACAAAGCCAGUCCGCUCGACUAAUUAUCUGCCUUAUUAACGUGUAAAAUAUGUAGAACUGUGAUUGGGGGCGCAAUGGCCAGGUUUUACAUAUUGGGGUCAACGACCCCGAUGUGAUGGCUACAGGUCAAUGACCUGGCAUCGUUACAAUUAGUACCGACUGGCAGGUUCUUGCCAUGUUAGACAAAUUUUGGCCAAACUUGCUGUGGCAGGUUCUUGCCAUGUUGGACAAAUGUUUGCCAAACUUGCCGUGGCAGGUUCUUGCCAUGUUGGACAAAUGUUGGCCAAACUUGCCGUUUUUAAAAUGGUAUCUAUGUUUCUGAUAAUGUUAUAAAACUCUUCACAUAUCAGUUGGUCCACUAAUGUAAACGUUUUGAAAGUAUUGAUGUGGACUUUCAAAAUGUUUCAGCCAAACUUCAAUUCAUAACUUUUUAUUCCGUUCUGUAUACGCGUUUCGUUUUGGUCCGUAUAGUAGAUUAUAAAUCGCUUAUUUAUUUAAUGAAAUCGAUUCUGAGACGAGAGGAUAUUAGUUUCAUACGUUAGAUGUACGGAAAACAACUGCACUAAAUGCUUCAUUGCACUUUUUAUUUGUUAUUAUGGUAUACCUAGUUAUAGUUUUAUAAACUUGGGAGUUCUUAAUAUUAUGCAUAAAAAGUUAACGUAAUAUUUUGUUCGUAAUUAGAGAUUGAUAAACUUUGUUUUGUGAUUAAGAUUUUUUCUACAAUCGGAAAGUCUGAUAGCCGACUUUCCUAUGAACGUAAUAUUUUUGUAUGGUUUUUAGAAUUAACGUCAGUUAUGUCUUAUUGGAUUUUAACUUUGAUAUUGUAAACUGCAAUGCCCAUAAGUAUUUUGGCAGCAAUAUUUUAUAUAAAUUACUGUGGGAUUUGAUUCAGUAAUUUGAGAUUUUAACAAUAGAUUAGUAUUAAUAGUGGAGGAAAGCAAUAAAAA